ACCUAAGACGACAACGUUUGUGCCAAAAUCCCAGAAUUGAAUAACGAGCUCAACGACACCGUUUGAAGCUCUCCAGAGUGAGACAAGAACUGGAUAUGUAGCUGGCAAUGGAGGCCGGUGGGACUUGCAGAGAAAGAGAGAGAGAGAGAGAGAGAGAGAGAGAGGGAGAGAGGAGAGAGACGGGAAAGCAACAAAACGUACGAGUUGCUUGGGUUGAAAGCUUUCCCCUGGUGGUGGAGUCAUGUCUUUGCAAGUCACCGGUCAGUGUCACAAUAACUCCCAAUCCCAUUCUGUUUCUGUCUUUCCUUUCCUGUCCUUCGCUUCCCUUUUCCUCUUCCUCUCACUCUCUCUUUCUUUUCCAUUCUCUUAUCUCCUCCUCCUCAUAAUCUUCGUCUUCUUCUUUAAUUAGAGUUGGGUAUGUUGGUUUUUGAAGAUUAAAAAACUUCUGGGCUUUUUUGCUUCUUCACUGCCGCAAAUCCCAUUUUGAUUCUGUACAGACUUGAGCACAGGGCGACUCGGACUUCGUUCUCUGAAGGUUUUUACGCUAAAGGGUCGCUCCUCUUUUCUCCUUUUUCGUUGUUUCUACUCGAAACAUAUAAUAGCUUUGCUCUAUACCUAUUUCAGUGUAAUUGGACGAAAAUAUUGUGCGACAGCUGAGCAUGUCAUCCGCUCAUAUGGCAAGGAGAUCACCUAGGAGCCCUGUGCCAGUGUUAUGUGAAAAAUAUCAGUCAGGCUGUACGUGUACCUGGGAUUUAUAUAGCCUCUUCGAUUUUGGCCAAGGUCAUUCCAAUAGGAAGCUGCUUUCUGAUCUGAGGCAUUUGAGUAGUCAUGCUGUUGGCAAUGCAAAUUUAAGGAGCAGGCUUGAUUUGCAUACCAAAUUUAGUGAGAAGUGCCAAGGCAUUGAUGAUAGGAUAGACAACAAAACUCAGACAGUUGAUUCUGAUAAGGCAAGUCUGAAGUGGCUUAUGAAAGAAGAGAUGCCCUCAGAGCAGCAGACAAAUAAGAAGACUGCCACUGCUAACAUGAAACAUUUACAGUCAAAUUCCAAACCUGUUGGUAACUUACCCAUAAACCAUGGAAAGGCAAACAAAACUUGUCAGGGAUCAUGUCAUGCACCUGGUCAUGGUUGGAAAGGAGUAGGGGAUAUGGAUCAUCAUCAACCUUCUCAUCAAAACUUUGUGGAUAUAUCUUUAAGUAAGCUAAACCGUUCAGCAUCAAGAAAGGCAUUUUGCAACGAGGUGCAUCCCAAAAAUAGUAGAUCUAUUUUUGGUUGUAAAAGUAUUGAUUGUGUGGAUUAUGACCAGCUGAAGGUGAUUAAUGGCCAGCUGGUGCAGAUGAAUGAAGUAGAGGAAACCAAAAAUCAGAAGUUAAUUCAUGGAAAAUAUCUCAGCAGAGAUGGGGCAAACCACCAGCCUAAACAAUUGUUGGAUGCAUUGGAGAUUUUAAAUUCGAAUAAGGAAUUAUUCAUAGAACUUCUACAAGAUCCAAAUUCUCUGUUAGUAAAACAUAUCCAAGACUUGAAGAAUUCUCAGACAAAAGGACAGCAGACUAGAUCUUCUUCUGGAGCCAAUUUGUCAGAGCAUUGGACAAGUAAUGCAAGACAACGUGAAGAACCUGACAGCUUGAAAUCUUGUGAUAGAUACCUUCCUAAAGGAAAUGGUGAUUCUCAACCUUCAGAUAGAAUAGUAGUCUUAAGUCCUGGCCCAACAAGCAUACAAAAAUCUUCCGAGAGAAUCAGCCCUUACUUUUCCCAGCAAUAUCCUUAUAGCUUGAGAACUAAAGGACAGAGUGUGAGACCGAAACUUUUUUCAUUUGGUCAUAUAAAAAGGAAGUUGAAAGAUGCUUUGGGCGUUAACAAAAAUGAGCAGCACUGGACUGCAAUCGAUGGUAAAUUAGAAAAAUCUUCCUGUGAUUGCCAGGGUUCACAAGGUGGUGGUAAGGGAAUAGGUAUCCAGAUUGUUGGAAGAAAUUUGCCGAGUAAUGUCCUUGAUAUUGGUGGAAUACCAACAUCUUCUCUUGAUGUCAAGAAAAAAGACAAGAUAAAAAAGGCUAAAGAUUUUGAAUUAAACAGACAUGAAAUUGCUGCAACAAGUGAAGGCAGUUGUAGAAACUCAAACUUUUCACUUGUUGGCCAUCCCAAGGAACAUGAAUCUGACCUGUCUGCUAUGCCUUGGAAACAUCACUCUGAGAUGAGACAUAAUGGAAAUGAGGAUGUGGAUCUUUUGGGAAAACCGGUGCCAGAGGCUUGGGUGAGGAACAUCUCUUUCCAAGAACAUGGCCUCCUGCCUAUAGUUAAUCCUGGAAGGGAGAGGGAACUAGGCUUUACUACUAGAAAGAUGAGAUUUUCCCCCUAUGGCCAUUAUCAAAUGGUCAAUGAGAACAGGACCAAGUUUCAGAAAGAAAAUAAAAACAGCUGCUUAAGUUCAUUAACGCAAAACAUAGAAGCUCUACCAUCAGCUGAUACUGAGAGACAAAAUGAUCAAUUGCAAGUUUUUACAACAAAGCCAAAUAUCUCAAAGAGCCAUUUUGCUGAUAUGAAAGUUAAAGAAGAUGAUUUGAGUCCUACAGGUGAAACUAAUCCUCUGGAAGUGGCCUUUGAAUCACAUAGCACACACCUGGGGGGAAGUACUGAUGCAGCCAACAAGUGCGAGAAAAAUGGAUAUUUGGAGUCCUCAAGAUUGCUUUCAUCUUCGGAGAAUAAGCCAUCAAAAUUUAUACCAGAAGUUUCUUCAUCAAGUCCAUCAGGCGUUCAGAGAUUGGCAGAUUCUACUAGCCUGAAAGAAAAAUUGGAGCAGUCUGGUCCAGUAUGUGUUCUUGAGAAGGUUUUCAAAGAAGAUGUCACUAGCCCUGAAAGGAACAUACAUCAACCUGCUAAGUUGCAGGUGCAAGCACUACAAACUAUCAUUGAAGACCACUAUUCAGCUGCUCUUCCCCCUUUGGGCCCUAGAAUCAAAACAACUAUUACUAUGGAUAAGCAUUUGUCCUCCUCUGAGUAUAUAAGUGCAGUGUUACGAGCUUCAGGCUUGAAUUGGGAUGAACUGUCAGUGAAUUGCCAUUCAUCAGAGCAACUGCUAGACGGAUCCUUAUUUGAUGAAAUGAAGAUGUCAAACAACCAAUUCUGUGGUGAUUUUCCAAUCCUGUUUGACUGUAUUAAUGAAGUCCUGGCAGAGGUUUGUCAGUAUAGUUCUGGAUGCUCCAGUUGGCUAUCAUGUAUCAAACCAAUAAUUCAUCCACUUCCAGUAGAAAAAAAUGUGAUUCAUGAGGUGACAAAACGUGUUGAUUGGUACCUUCUCUCACAGCCACCACCACAGACAUUUAAGCAGCUUGUUGAACAGGACUUGGCAAGAUCUAGAACAUGGCUGGAUAUCCGAAAUGAAACUGAAGUUAUUGCUAUUGAAACUGUAGAAGGUGUCUUAGAAGAAUUAUUGAUGGAAAUCGUAUUUGACUUGUAUAUUUGAAGCAUUAUAGAUUCAUCUAUAUUGCACCAGGAAUAUUCAGCAGCUCAGAUGGGUUAACACAACUGGAAUUUUCUCUUAUUCUCAAAUGUCACUGGCCUCCUCGGACUCAUUGCUUGUAUUCAGAGUUUGAACAUCACUUGGCAUUUUUUAUGAUGCAAAUUGUGUCAAGAUGGGAUAAGAAUGAAGUCUUUUGCUGACAUAGAGAAGGUCUGUGAGAGCACCUUUGAGACUGUUACAUGGCUCAAGAAAAAAAAAAUGCUACAUCGCUCAAGUUUCCUGUGUUCUGUAUAGUUUACUCUCAACCUACAAAAGCUAUUAAUCAUAGGGUUCUGAUGAGUUUUCAUCAA